ACGGUUAUUUUUCCGUUGCAGGUGAAUUUGAUAGCUAAACUAAGCCAUCCAUAUCUUUUAGAGUACAAAGAUGCUUGGGUGGACAAGGGGAGCUGUAUAUGCAUCGUUGCCGAUUAUUGCGAAGAUGAAAAUAUGGCGGAGGUCAUGAGGAAGCCUAGAGGAGCACUUUUCCCAGAAGAGAAACUCUGCAAAUGGCUGACUCAUCAAUUGUUAGCUUUGGAGCAUCUGCAUUCCAACCGCGUUCAUCAUAGAGACCUCAAAUUAUGUAACAUAUUCAUCACAAAGUACAACGAGAUCAGGUUAGGUGAUUUUGGAUUAGGAAAAUUGCUAGAUGAAGAAGGCCUUGCUUACUCGCUAUGUGGCACACCAAACGACAUGUGCCCUGAGCUCCUUGCCGGCAUACCCUAUGGCUAUAAAUCUGAUAUAUGGUCGCUUGGAUACUGUAUUUUUGACAUUGCUGCACAUCAAGCCCCGUUUAAAGCUUCUGACAAAACUGGACUUAUCAACAAAAUAAACCGGGGUUUGGUCUCACCACUUCCGAUUAUAUACUCCUCCACCUUGAAACAGAUAAUAAAAAGCAUGCUAAGGAAAACUCCAGAACACCGACCUACAGCUGCCGAGCUGUUGAGACAUCAACAUUUGCAACCAUAUGUCCUCUUGUGUCACAACCCUUCAUCUGCGUUUCUUCCUGUGAAGUCCCCGAGCAGAACGAUAGACAAAACACGACCAUCACCUGGAAAAUCUAUCAGUCCAAGAGGUAGCAGAGAGAGACAGACAGUUAAAGCUAAAAGAGAAGAGAGCUGUCCUUUACUUUGA